AUGGACUCUAAAUCCGAGACAGAAGUGGAAGAUGUAUGUGGCGAUGAUGCUUCCAAUUCGGAUACUACUGGUGUAUCGAUUUCGUCUAUUGCCUUGCUGGGUGAAAAGCAUGGAGUUGAGGAGGAUAGAGCUGUAAGUCCGGCAGACUACCAGGUUUCAGCUUCUAAAGAAAUAUAUUGGUCGUGCAGCUCCGAUGUGAAUAGCAUCCUCUCAACAGCGCCUCUGUCUGCUGCUACAUUAUUGUCAGAUGUCGACAGGGAUUUCAAGUGUUUGCUGCAGGGACAUACACAGGACGAGUGGGACAUCUGCUUGGCGUUUGCAAGAGCAUGGGAAGAGACAUGCGCAUCAUUGUCGCCUCCGGCCAUGAUAGUUCCCUCAGGGAGAUCAUUCUUGAUCCAGCCGUUGCGCUUCACGGGCCCUUGUGAAUCGAAUCCUCUCACCAUCUUGAUAGAUGGGAAUCUAGUGGCGCCUAUUGAUCCUUCAACCUGGAAAUGUGAUGCCAAUGACUGUUACCAAUGGCUCUACUUCCACAAAGUCGAGGGCUUAACACUGCUUGGCCAAGGCAUCAUCGAUGGCCGUGGCCAACAAUGGUGGCUGAACAAAGGCCAAACCAGACCAAGCCUUAUGAAGAUCUCAAACUCAGCUAAUGUCAGAGUAGGUGGCGGUCUGAGAUUUGUGAACAGCCCUUUGAUGCACCUCAUCCUCCACGGAUUACACUCGGUUUACGUCUCUGACAUCACGGUACAAUCUCCGGAGGACAGUCCCAACACUGAUGGAAUUCAUAUUCAAGCCUCUACAAAUGUUCAUAUUGAUAGUUGCAUAAUUGGGACAGGGGACGAUUGCAUUGCAAUACUUAAUGGGUCGUCGAAUGUAAGGAUUACAAACAUCAAAUGUGGACCAGGGCAUGGAAUAAGCAUCGGAAGCUUAGGUAAGAAUGGACAAGAAGACAGAGUCGAAGAUAUUAGAGUGAGCGAUGUUGUUUUCCUAGGUGCCACCAACGGUGCAAGGAUUAAGACAUGGCAAGGAGGAAGAGGGUAUGCUAGAGACAUACAUUUCGAGAGAUUUUGGUUCCAAGACACGAUCAAUCCGAUCAUCAUUGACCAAUUCUACUGCAAUCAAUUGAGUCAAUGCAAAACCAGUAAUUCAGCGGUGGAGAUCAGCAACGUGAGCUUCAAAAUGAUGGUGGGAAGUUCGGGGAGAGAGAAUGUGGUGGUGUUGAAAUGCAGCGAGGCCGUGCCGUGUCGGGGUAUCUUGGUGGAAGACAUGCACAUUGUCGCGACGGGGAACACGCCGGCAACCUAUGACUGUGCCAACGUCAUCGGAAGAGCUCAAGGCCAUCUCGUUCCUGAAAUUGUAUUUUGA